UCUCACAUGUCACAUUCUUAUUCUAAUCAUCAAAGAAUGGCUACAAUACCUCCAAAUAAUUUGACAAUUUGCAAUAUUGACGGAACUCCGAUCCAAAAUGCUGGAAAUUUUUUAACAAAUAAUAGUGGAGCACAUUCUUGGCAGACAGAACAGACAAUUAAUCUCGAAACUAUUAAUCUCGAUGAAUUUGAUAAUGAACACUUUAAUUUGCUAAACUUUAUCAAUGACGGAUCUUCACCUCUAGAAGAAUCUGGCCCGAGAUUAGAAGACGACGAAAUUCAAAAACAGAAGGCUGAAGCUCUUUAUGCACAAUAUCAAUACGAUCAAAUGAUGUUUGCUAAUCAACAUUUACAACAAAGAAAUGAUUUCGGGCCCAAUGAAUUUGUGACAGCCUCUGUACCUUCUUCCUGCUUUGGAGAAGCUGGUAUUGGCCCGAGAUUGGAAGCGGGCGGGCCUGUUCGAGAUGAGGAAGAAGAGGAAGUGAGGAGGAGACUUUUGGAACCUCCAAACACUUCUAGUUUGGUUCCGAGUACUUCCAAUGCUUCAAUGCAAAAGCUUCUUCGUGUGCCGGUUGUAAAAGAGGAGCCUUUCAAGGAUGAGCCGUUAGAACAAGAUAAUGUCAACGUUUCUCAAGUUUUUGGUUCUUCUUCCUCACGUGCUUCAAGCGUUGCCAGUAGCGUUUUUACUUCAGUACUUUCAGCAUCACAUUCCGGAACUCCACGAAAAUAUCGGAUUAAAUCAGAUAAAGAAAAGUCUAAUCCAAUGUAUAGACUUAAACGUUUAAAGAAUAACGAUGCUGUGCGUCGUAGUAGAGACAAGGCAAGACAACAACAAAUGGCAAAGGAGCACAGGCUUCUAUUUCUGGAACAUGAGACGCGUGAACAGGCAGUUUUGAUACAAGAAUUGAAAGGCCAGAAUGCCGAGCUUAAGGACGAAUUUCAAAAAAUUAGACAAAAUUGUAGGUGUGGGGCUAUAAAUUUAAGUGAACAACAAAGGCAUUAA